ACUGAUGGGACUGAGCUGGCUCAUGAGAGAGAGAGAGAGAGAGAGAGACGGCCUGAAAAGCACCUAGGAAGUUUCCCUGAUAGACACAGCAGCCCGGGGAGGCAUAGCUAUUAGGAAUAAGCAAAAACAAUCAUCGAAUUAUUAUCAUUCGAUGGUGACAAACAUCGGAAGAGCACCACUGAAUGCUAAAAACGCUACCACCGAAAGAAAAACAUCGAUGGUUCUGAAACAUCGGACAUCGAUAUCCAACCCUGGUCCGCUGUUCCUUGUUCUCAUCCUGUCUUCCGGGCACCGGCAGAAGGCGCAUCACGAGACGUCACCUGAAGACCAGCCAUGGAGGUCCAGGUCCUGGAACAUAUCCGGCACUCGCUACUGAGUGACAGAAACAAAGACCUGAUCAUAGACAAGCUGCUGAGUCUCACCAUGGAGAUUAUCUGUCUGCUGACUAGAGAGGAUUUCAUUGUUGUGAGAAAGUCGGGUGACCAGGUGACAGACAUCAGCGGCCCCCCUGUGUCAGACAGAAGCAGCGGCACCCAGAGCCCAAACACGGAGGCUCCGCCUCAUGCGCCAACAGGGGAGAGGAACCGUGACAGGAAUAUCCAGGCACCUACUGAGGUAUAUCCCAGAGAGACAGGAAAGGUGCCUGGGAAGUGUAAGGAUGUGGAGGUCUCGUUCUCUGUGACAGAGUGGGACUGUUCAGGCGGACACAAUGACGUUGUAAUGGACCCUCCGCAGCUGCCUGACUCAGUGGGUGAGUGUAGCUCUAGAAGCCCCCCAGGACGAUGUGAGACCCCUCUGUACUCUGGGGAUUAUAUAAAGGAAGAGAACCGGAUUGUCAUAGAGGAUUAUCAGGAUGAGCCGGGACACGGGGUGUAUCACCCGCAGUGUAAGGAAGAGGAGCCCGUCCCUGAUCCCACCAACUCAGGUGGGUGCAGCUCUAGAACUCCCGCAGACCCCUGUGAGACCCCUCUGUACUCUCCGGGCUGUAUAGAGGAAGAGAACAGGACUGUGACACAGGAAUAUCAGGAUGAGCCGGGACACAUGAUAUAUCACCGGCAGUGUAAGGAAGAGGCCGUUCCUGCUGAGAUCAGCCCAGGUGGGUGUAACCCUACACACCCCGCAGACCCAUGUGACACCCCUCUCUAUACUCCGGGGUGUAUGGGAGAAGAGAACAGGAUGAUCAGCCAGGAUUAUCAGGCUGUGCCAGGAGACGGGAUGUGUUACCAGCAAUGUAAAGAAGAGGACGUUCCUGCUGAGAUCAGAUCAGGUCCGCACGCCUCCUCACACUAUCCUGAGAAGACGCAUCAGUGCUCGGAGUGUCAGCAAUGUUUCCCUAAUCAUUCAGCCCUCGUCACCCAUCAGCAAACGCAUAAAUCCAGUAAUCUGUAUAGAUGCUCGGUUUGCGGAGUGCAAUAUAGCUCCGAAUUGGCUCUUACCACCCACCAGCAAUGUCACACCGAGGACAAACCGUUUCGCUGCUCUUACUGUGAGAAAACUUUUCUUCAAAGGUCAGGUCUUCUCUACCAUAUGAGGACUCACACCGGAGAGAGGCCAUUUUCAUGCCUGGAGUGCGGGAGUUGCUUUGCCAGAAGUUGUACUCUGGUUAGACAUCAGCGCGUUCACUCUGGUGAGAAACCUUUUAGUUGUGGAGACUGUGGGAAAUGUUUUGCGCAGAAAUCCAGCCUUGUGAAGCAUCAGCGCACUCACACCGGGGAGAAGCCAUUUGUGUGUUCCCAGUGCGGCCGCAGCUUUUCUGACAGCUCAAGUCUUUGGCGACAUAAGAAGGUUCAUAGCGGUCUAAGUGAAUAAAUUGCCCGUUACAUGCAUAACGAGGCUUGUUUUGGCGAACUGGAAAAAAAGUGGAUAUCUUUUCCCGCCAAAUGCAUUGUAAGGUACAUGUCUACGAUUUUUGGUCCUCAGUCCUGCACGUCUAGAAGGCGAUGUGUCGAGUUAUGGAUCCAUCUAAAAAUGCACAUAAUGGAUACAGCCAAAACAUCACUUGAAUUAUUUCUUGGUUUGUGUUAUAUUUGACGUGGGAGUGACGGAACACCGAAACGGUCUCUGGUACUUCUGUGAUUUUUGUGUAUGAAUGUGGUGAUCACUUUGGUUCAUCCUCCCCCUAGAGAAGAACAACUAGAAGGUACAAAGUGCUCUCACAUCAGAGGUGUAGGAUGAGGCCCGAUUUUGUCUAUUGCAAGGGAGCUGGAAAAGUCAUGUCCUCUCGCUGAGUGGAAAAGGCUGUGUUCCCUCCCAACGCAGGGAAUGACGCUCUAAACAUGCCUUCUCCUCCCCUUGAUAUUAUAUGAGGGUGGUUCAAUAAGUAAGGUAACAAGACCUCUCGUGUGCAAUGUUCUCUCUUUUGUUCUAACUUCCCACCAGCCCAGAGCAGGUAGACCACUGCUUCCCCUCCUGGCUAUUAGACCAUGCCUGAGAAGAAUGUUUCCCUCCUGAACUUUAAGACCCUUGAU